GCACAUAACUCAUUCAACGACUCGAUCAUACACAAUAAACAUCUAAUACACUGCUUUCAAAAAUUUCCUUUUUUUCAAGUAACGAUCGAUCAAUCCUGGUAUCAACAUGCACAUCCCAGAGGUGGACAUGUGGAAAGUUUCUCAGAGUAGCCGGAUUCACAGACUCUCAAUCUUCAAUUGCGACAAACCCGGAUUGAAAGUGCUGGACUAUGCGGCCGUGCGAGGAGUCGACUCGUUCUACUUGGACUGCCAGAACUACAGGGAUUACUUCAAAGAUCCGUACUGCCGGGUCCACAAGCCUCCGAGGUUUAGUUCGUAUGGGGGCAGGUGCGGUGUGAAGUUGGACACCGACGUUGAGCUCCUUAGCAUGCCGACCUCGUGGGGCAUCGAUCGCCAGCCCAUCGUCUAUCCGAUCGAUUACCACUCCGAUAUGGCCCUUGGCAGAAGGGAUUGCGAUCACAUAAAGGCCUUCUGUUCCCGAGCCGAGAGUCUAAGCUUCAAGCGAUAGGAUCGUCAAAUAGUACGGGCUUCCAUUGUUGCUAACUCUUUACCAGUUUAAAUACAGUUUUCAGCACUGCAAAAUGAA